AUGGAACUUGAAGGUUGCCUUUCUUCAGCUUUUCAGUUGAAAUUGCAGAAUGAAGAGAUUUCUGUGAUGUCACUACUAUUGAAGUCAGGAAUGUCCGAGGCUCAACUGAAAUUUGCAAAUGUUGAGACUGAGCUGGCUUUCCAUGAGAAAGAGAGGGUAGAGAAUCUUUCUACUCUGAGGCAGCAGCUGGAGAUGAGAAAUAAUGCUCUGGCCAAUGCUCAGAGAGACAUUGCAGAAGAACGUGAGAGGAUAGCAAUUUUAUCCAGGAGGGUUGAUACCUUAGAUCAACUUGAGGAUAAGCAUAAGCUAAUGGAGAAAGAGCUCUAUAGAUGCAAAGAUAUGAUCGAGGAAUCAUCCAGGUGUCAACUUCGGUUGAAAGAGCAAGCUUUGCAGGUGGACAAUGAUUCAAAGAAAAAAUUAGAGAAGUCUGUGAUGCUUUAGAUGUGGUGAAUUCUGAACCGGCGGAAGAACGGGAGAAGCUACCAUCUUUGUUAAGGAGAGUUGAGUCCUUGGAUCUUAUUGAAGGACAGCGGCUCCUAAUGCAGAAAGAGCUUGAGAGGUGUAAAGAAAGGGUUGAGGAAGCAUCUAGGUGUCAAAUACACUUGGAAGAGCAAGCUUUGCAGAUGGAAAGUGAAUCCAGAGAGAAACUUUGAGAAGUUUUUGAUGCUUUAGAAUCAGCAAAAUCUGAAUUGACUAAAUAACGAGAGAGGACAGCUUCUUUGAUGAAGAGCGUUGAGUCUUUAGAUCAAAUUAAAGAGCAGUGGCUCCAGACACAGAAAUAGCUUGAGAAGUAUAAGGAAAAGCUUGAA